CGCUGUCUACGUUUUAUAUCUGUCUGACAGGUUUGCACCUUCCCCAUGCAUGAAUACUUUCCCUCUGCCCGUGUCUCAGGAACAGCCAACACACGCAAUACUACAGAACAAGCACAUACGGCCCACCCGCCCGCCAGCCUACGGCAGCUUCCCAACACAGAGAACUCACAGCCACCAAACAAUCACUCACGAGCAGAAAACACAGUGGCGCCAUAGCCCACCCACAGGAGCUGCUAUGACACACACAGGUGUGUCUCUGCUCGUCCAUGUCUAGUUGCAAAUCCACUGGAGCCACAGACAGACAGACAGACAGCCCUUCCACUGCGGAAGACACAUCACGCCGCCACCGCCAUAACGGUCAGUCAGUCAGUCAGUCAGUCAGUCAACUCUACUCUCUCUCUCUCCUCAGCUUGCCUGCGCCGCCGUGCCAUGCACACAGCCACCAAGCCAUCGGCAGACAACAUGGACAUGCACAUCCGGGGGGCAGACAGCGGACAGCGUUUCAAAAACCAAAGAAAAAGCACUCACUAUCUAUCUAUCACAGGUGGGAGAGCAGAUCUUCAUGCGUUCAGCCAGCGAACGGCGACGACAAUCGGGACAAGCGCCCCAAACAUCGUCAGCGACGGGCAACAAGAUCUCUCACUCCAUGUCCAAAUGUCUGUCCAUUCUUUACUUAAGCUUUUGCAGGGCGUCCGCUGCCGCACCUGCCGCCGCGCCAAUAACAUGGGCCAGCGCACCAAGACCCAAGCAAAGGCCACCAAAACCCACAGCGGCUCCAUCCGCUCCACCGCUUCAAGGGUCUUGGUCAGCUUGGCCUCGAUGGCCGCCUCCUUCUGCAGGGCAUCCGCCAGUGCCUUGUUGCUCUCCACCAGCUGUGCCUGGAGCAGACCCAUCUUGGUCUGCAUGACCGUGUUGCUGUCCUGCAGCAGCUGGAUGGUCGCUACGUGCUUCUCAUCUCGCGAAUCCGCCUGCAGCCUCUCGACAGCCGCCAGUCGCCUCUCGAUGACAGCUUGCCACCUCUCCUGAUUGAGUUCCCUCUCGGCAUUGAGGAGCUGGUCAGUAGUCUCAUCAAGCGACAACACGGCGGGAGCUGAGGACGACAUCGACAUCCAUGCAAGCCAACAACCCCAAACCCGGCCUCAGUCAGUGAGCAGUUUUCUCUGUUGCCGCCCUGUGCGGGUACCUUGUGCGGAUGAAGCUGUGGCCUCUCUGUCCAU